AUGGGAGAGGAUGGCACAGGAGCAGAGGAAUGGCGGCUGCGCUGCCCAACGAGCAGACACAUCGUGGACCAGAGAGAGUUCUCAGAGCUGUUGGAGAAGUUUGGCUCCCAAAGCAACACCGGCUCCGCGCGGAGCUCACCUGUCCUGCACGGCGGCAGUCGAUACCUGGAAAGCACAUCCUCAGGCUCCUCCUCACGCUCCCAGAGCCCGCUGCUGCUGAGCCCGGCCAGCUCCCACGGCCCCUUCAUCGGCAACCCGGCGCACGCUCCCCACGCACACUACUCCAUUGAAUCAGGAAUCCAGAGCAUUUCUAUUGCAAAGUCCUCUGGCUUAGGGCUUACGGUCAGCGGGGGAGCCAACAGGCCUGAUGGUCCCAUGGUUUAUGUCCAAGAACUGAUGCCAGACGGUGACUGCUACAAGGACGGUCGGCUCCGACCUGGUGACCAACUCAUUGCUAUCAACAGAGAUUCUUUGGUGGGCAGCACACUGGAAGAGGCCAGAAAAAUUAUUGCAAAAGCCAAAUUCAGACAUGAGGGAAACACAGAAGUGGCCUUUAUUCCUGGAAGGGGACGGUUACAUCCCGGACUGUCAGCUCAUAACAACAUCCCAUCACCACCACCGAAGGCAGUGGGAAACGGGCUGAGCUCCUGCAGGCUGAAGGUCCACGUGAGGUCCCCAGAGAAUAGACACGAAAACCAUUUUCCUGUGCCUUCUUUGUCACCAGACAUCUGCCCACCAGAGCUCACUGUCUCAGCACCCUGCUCAGCCCCCACCUUGAAAGCAACUACGGGCUCCAAACCCAAAGUAGCGUUGGAUCCCCACAUUCGCCUCAAGGAUGGCAAGCUGGAGCUGGUGCUGCAGUACCUCGGCCUGGAGGUGACCGAGGAGAAGAAGAGGCAGCUGAGACAGAGCCUGACCACGGACUCGCAGGGGACAGUGGCCUAUGGAGUGCUGAAGCCAUCGAUUCGGAUUGCACUGUGCAAGCCAGAAAAGUGA